GCUCAGUAGUAAUAUCACGUGUUUAUGUGCGUAAAAAAGGCAAAUAUGGACAUUUUGAAGGUUGUUUCAAUAAUUAUCUACUUCAUAACAACUGUCAAGUGUAUAAAAGUGAUAGACAAGUUUGUAAAGACGGGGCCUGUAGUUGAUAAAUAUUGUGGAAAGUACGGUGCCUGCGACGAAGGGACUCAUGUUAUGUGCAGGUACUAUGAUCCAAAUAACAAGUUCGGCCCAAUGUGUCACGACCCUUAUACAAAUAUAACCUUAAAUGAGGACCAGAAAGAAUUCAUUGUGGCGGUUGUCAAUGAAGUUCGAAGCAGAGUCGCGAUGGGAGGUGACAAGUUGAGGGACGGCAGUAUGCUACCGCAGGGCUAUGGAGUUAUGAGCGUUGCAUGGGACGACGAGCUUGCUGAAUUUGCCCAGCUGUGGGCAAACCAGUGCAUCGAAGGAUACGACUUAUGUCGCGCUACGUCCAAGUUCCCCGACUUUUUAUUGAUAUGUUGCUAA